AUGUCUAAAGCAACAACAAGGAAACAAAGUAUAUCAGACAAAGCAGAGAGAUCAGAACUGGAGACAAAGAUGGACCAGAUGCUGGAAAUGAUGGGGGAAAUGAAAAAGGAAACAAAUGCAAAAUUAGAAGGACUAGACAAUAAAAUUAUGAAUCUUGAGAAGAGCGUAGAAACAAAACUCCAGAAAAUUGAGACUGAAUUAAAUAUAAUGAAAAAGGAUCUCUCCCAUGUAAAGGUGAUAGAGAACGCGGUGAAAAAGCUAGAGGCGAAAUCGGAAGAACAAGAUAAAUUAAACGUGAAGUGGGAAAGCAAAAUCAACUUACUAGAGGAGGAGGCAGAAAGAACUGCCAAACAGUGUGCUUUAUUGGAAUUACGACAAAAAAGAAACAUUUUAAGAAUCAAAGGAGUCCCUGAAGAAAAAGACGAAAAGAUUGAGAAAAAAAUGAUUACACAUCUGGCAAAAUUUUUGGAUAUGGAGGAAGAGAUGCUAGAAGAAGACAUAAUAAGAAUAAUAAGAUUAAGUCCAAAGGGGCAUGAUGAAUUUAAAAAAAAUAGAGACGUAUUAAUUUUUUUUUCGAGACUGCAAACUAGAGAUGAAUUAUUAAGGAAGAACUCAAAGGAAAAACUGAAAAUAGACUCAAGAGAUAUUAUAAUACUAAAAGAGAUUCCAAUUUGGAUUUUGAACAGAAGAAGAAGUUACAAUCCUCUGAUUAAUUUUCUGAGGGAAAAAGACAUCACCUUUAGGUGGGAAGAAGUGGAGGGACUCCGACUAAAAUAUAACUCCAAAUUUGUGAAGAUACUAACGAUACCUCAAGCACAGAACUUCCUUGAGAAAAUUAAAAAGGACUUUGAGUAAAUAAUUAAUAUCUCAGCUAGGAUACAACUCGCUAAGAAAUGGAAGAGGACUACAAUUCCAACGGUAGAAGACUGGUUAACGCAGUUGAUAGAAUACGCAACCUACGAUAAAUUGUCUAAUGUACUUAAAAACAAAACACUGGAAAAAUUUAUAGAGAUAUGGCAACCAUUGAUACGAUUUCUUCAAUCAAGAGAUGAUUAUAAGAAUGUUAUUAUUUGUCUACAGUGUUGAUUUAAAAUUAUAUAAGAGUAUAAGGAAAUAAGAUUACAAAAUUUUUGUUAACUGGUUUAAUGUAAAUAAGACUCCAAGAAAUAUGGAUAAAUGAACUACAUAACAGAAACAAGGCUAAGGGGAGGUCCCGCCAUACUCUACAUGUUUUUUGUUUUUGUUUUGUUUUUGUUCCUUUUACUGUCUUACUUUUUAUAUAUACAAUUUCUUAUACCUAUUUAUUUAUGUAUUUUUCUUUUUUCUUUUUCUUCUUUUUUUUCCCCCUUUCCUUAACUUUCUAAAUUAACUAAUUAUAGAAAUAACUCUUUGAGGGGUGAUGGGUGGGUGUAUAUAUUCUCAUCAAGUACUUGGAGAAGUCUGUCUAAAUUCUAGUUCUGAUCUAUCUACAAAUCUGCCACCAAUAUAUAUCCAAAGAAAUGUAUAGCUAAGUUGUAAUUAUCAAAUGCGGGAUUUGUUGUUAUUUUAUUAUGUAAACUUAAUAAAAAUUAUAUUUAAAAAAAAAAA